CGCAUAGUUCAAGUUGCUGUCAUCGACGAAAACUAAAAUAACUGAAAUCACGAACAUGAUGGAGAGAAAUACUCUUGUUCUGCUUGUAGUGAUAUCAACAACUCCAAUUACAGAUGCUUUCCAAUGGUCUCCUAUUCAACUGUCAAGUCAUGUGAUCAAUGCUUACCUUGGUUCCAAUACCAAGCUGCCUUGUCAGUUUACACUUUCCAAGGAAGAACAACAACAAUCUCAGCAGUUCUAUGCUAUCCUGUGGAGCAGAGAAGCACCAUUUGGAAGUAAACAAUGGGAAGCACUGACAGCAUCAACCCAUAUAUCUGGCCUCAACAGUUCUCUACCUCAGAUUCUCUUUCCUAACAAAGACAAAUUUAGUUUGAAAAAUAAUUCUCUGUCAAUAUAUAAUGUUGGAGUAAAAGAUGAUACCCAGUACCAGUGUGAAUUGAAAAGCAGCUUUUAUGCAUCACCAUCAGUUAUAAAAGUCAAUGUAGUUUAUAGGCCAGUUGACACCAAAAUAUAUGCACCAACUGAUCCAGUGAAACAGAAGUCAUCAGCUAUUAUCAAUUGUACUGCCRGAGGCAAUCCAAAGCCAGGUUUCAGCUUUUAUCAUAAUAAUCAACUUAUACAGAACUCAACGUCACAAUAUUUUGUGAUAAAUGCCACUUUGAAUCAUCAUAAAGGCGAAUACACAUGCAUGCCCUGGAAUUAUUAUGGAAAUGGUCCCAAAGCUACAAUUACCCUAAGAGUCCAAGAUAUCAAAAUAACUGAUGAAACGAAAUUGUUAUCUGAUGAAAUAAUUGCUGGGAUUACUGGUGCUGUGGUCCUUGUGUUAGUUAUUAUUAUAGUAGCUGCUAUAAUGUGCCAAAGACUCAGAUCAGGAAAAGAAGCGGCUGAGGACCAUGCCAAAAAUAGUAGUAGGGACCUGAAAGAGUCUCAUUUGGGGCCUGCAAUGUAUGGGAGUGAUGCCAGCAUUGCAACUUCUGCCACCAAAACAAGUACAAGAGACUCAAAAGGUUCUCAAAUUAGUCCUGCUAUCUAUGGGAGUGAUACAAAAUAUUCUAGUGAAAGUUCRUUAAAACUCGAUCCGAACAUUCCGAAAGAACGUACGAUAUUUUAUGGCCCUGAAUCAGACUUUUCCAUGGCAAACGGUACAUACACUCCACGAGAACAAAACCUAUUCAAACUCGAUGGUUCAACGAAUGGAAUUCCUGUGGAUUCAGACAUCUAGCUCAAUUGAAUGGAAUUUGCAAACAAUUGUAUUAUACUUAAUAUUUUGCAUGCAUCAUAAAUACGCAAUGAAGAUGGGACCUUUCUUACUUCCAUCAAAAUAUCUCACACUUUGAUACUGUAACUUGAAAUGAUAGUUAAUUUUGAACUGGCAUGUUUGGGACAUUGCAAAUACAAUGAACUAAGGCCGAGUCGACACASAUCGUUUUUGUAGCAUUUUUACCUUUUUGAAAUACUGACAAAAUCGCUGUGGAGUCAAGAAACUCUUCAAGUGUUCAUGAGUAUGGCAUUAUUUCUAUGAAGCCAAAUCACAAAUUUUAGUUUCUGAUAACSCUUAAUGGUAGGAGUCUCGAGCGAUAACCUGUCACGUAAUUUCUAUCAACACGUGAAAUUGUUCGUCUAAUUUGGGCUUGCGGAAGGACAACAUCGAGUUGGACAAUUAAAUGACUUAUCAUGCUUCCUUUCAGUGUUCUAUAUAAAGAAGUUUGAAUUACUUUAAAUAGAACAAGAAUUUUGAACUUGUCUUCCUGGUGCAAGACUAGCCCGGAAUAAACACUUUUUAAGAGUAUUUAUCUUUUAAAUAGAAAGUAAUAUUGUAAAACAAAUGGAUAAAGUUAGGGAAGCAAUCGUUAAAUGUUUGUUGUAAGUU